UGUAAAGACGCACACAAGCUAGAAUGCGAAGAUAGCUAUGAGCCAGGGUAAAGAAAAUAUAGAAGAGAUAGCAUCUGCUACAAAGGAAGAACCUCUCAAGAAAGAAGAAAUAACUUUAUACAAGGAAGAACCUCUCAAGAAGGAAGAUAUAAUUUUAGAUAAGGAAGAACCCCUCAAGAAAGAAGAAAUAACUCUAGACAAGGAAGCGCUAUUUAUGAAGGAAGAACCCCUUAAGAAAGAGGACCCUCUGAAUAUGGAAGAAUUCCAUACCACUAUCGAUCUUCUUGGAGAUACUCAGAGUGAUACAGAGUUAAAAAAGGAGGAAGAACUUACUAUUAUUGAUUGUGACCAGUUCUUACAACAAUCCUUGAACAAGAGGGACCUUAAAAGAGUUAAGAAGAGAACUGAGGCGAGGCUCACCCUUGCUGAAGCGAAGGAUUAUAAUAAUUUACUAGAGACUAGGACUACUCAACUCCAGAAGUCUCUAAAUAAUCAAGUGAAUCUCUCCAAUGAUACUCGAUAUACUGUUGACUUGAUGAAAUUUCCCAUUGAGUUUAAGACAGAGGAGGAAGCCUUGAAGAAAUAUAACGAAAUAGGACUUCUUCAAAAGAUCCAGUUCAAAGUCAUCAAUAGGAGCAAAGAGAAUGAUAAAAUCAUGCGAUUCACUCUAUGAUGCUACAAGAGAAAAACAGUGACUAAGAAAAUAGACCUUGGGCUUCAGUUAAAAGAAGUUGAAUGUGGAAAUUGUCCUGUAGCUGUCAGGUUCAGAUGGAUUCCGAGGAAGAAGAUGUAUAUCAGAAGGUUAUCCGGCCUGAAAAUGAUCCACAACCAUCCUCUCGAUGUCAAAGAGAGGCAUUACACACAUAAUGAGCUGAUUCAGAGAGAAGUAAAAAUGCUGUUGAAUUCACAUAUCCCAGUUGCAAACAUCCGAAAUAUUCUGAAUACUAAGUUUAACGCAACUCUUAGAUAUUCAGAUAUUUAUGGGAUCGUUAAAGGAUUUCAGAACGGUAGCAAGAACAUUGGUGAUAAGCUUAAGACUGAUUUCCAGAGGUUACUUGAGCUCCUGGAAGAACUUCGAGGCAAAGAUCCUCUCACACAGUACGAAUUCGAGUUUGAAGAUGAUGAAGAUGAAGACGGCGAUGAGAAUGGAUCUAAAAUACCAUGAGAAAUUAAUCGUAUUCUAAUCAUGACAGGAUCAAUGAGGAAGCUUUAUGAGCAAUAUCAUGAUGUGAUUUUUAUGGAUGCUACUUAUAAAACUAACAAGCAUGAUAUGCCCUUAACUGUGAUAACUGGAAUUGACAAUGAAGGAAGAAAUACAGUACUGGCUUACGCUCUACUUAAGAAAGAAGACAAGGAAGCCUACAUUUGGCUAAUGCAAACAUUCUUAAAAUUUGUUGAAUAUAAUGAACCAGGAAUCAUCCUCACAGAUUUUGAUCCUUCAAUGUGUCAUGGAAUUGAGCGAACAUUUGAGAAGACCACUCACCUCCUCUGUCAAUGGCAUGUGAUGAAUAACUUCAAGAGACAUUUCCUAUAUUUACAGAAAAAGAAAGGAUUUGGUCCUAAGAAUUUAUACCAAAAAAUUAUUAACUUGAUUUAUACACCAUCUGCUAAGGAAUUCCAAGAAAUCCAAGAAGUGUUAUUCUCGCCUACAAACGAUGACAUUGGUGAUGAAAAACUACAGUACUUACGUCAGAUGUUUGCUAUCAAGGAGAAAUGGGCAGAAGCAUUUUGACCAAUAGAGUUUAACGCAGCAACCCAUACAAUCUCUCGUGGAGAAAGUGUGAACUCCCAGAUCAAGAAUAGGGUGUUUGCAAAAUCUUCGAUGUGAGAUAUCUUCAGGCUUUUCCAAGAACUUGAGGACCGGAGUAUCAAUAAGAUAAUUACGUACUACAGGACUCAUCAAAGAGAGAUUUAUCACCAUCCUUUGCUGAAAGGUAUGUACGAGUAUUACUCAAGUUAUGCCUUCAAGUUUAUGCUUUAUGAAUACAUGAUGUCUCAUGAGUGCGAGACUAAGAAAUUGGUAGCUGAUGACACAGAAGGAAUGGUAGCAACCAAGAUUGUUAAUGCCCAACAAACCCAGAACGGGCAAUACAUGAUCAGAGAGAUUAGAGAUCGCGAAAAAUACAUGGUCACAUUGACAGACUGUUGAGCCAAAUGGAGAGCGGUUCUUAAAGCCAGAAUGAAUCUGAAAGUUUCAUAGAACUCAAGGAAUGCAUUGAAGACAUAUCUUUGCACUACUCAAUACUCUACAGAUCAAAUGAGCUCAGAAGAUUAGACCAAUCAAGAGAUGGAGUAAAGAAAUGGGAUUGGAGGUGUAUAAUGUUAAAGAUAAUAUCAAUGAGCACAAGAAAGCUAUUGAAUGAAAUGUCGAGCUUCCUUCUGAGAAUCCUUUCAACGGCAUGAAUGGAGUUGAUUCAGAAUAUUGAUGGAAAUCCUCAAAUCCACUAAAAAGGGAUGAAAAAUUUAUUGAAACAAUAGAUAUGACUAAUGACGAAGUUUCAAUAAUCCAACAU